CUCGAGAGACAGUGAAUUCCGGACAAAUCGGGUAAAAAGGCUUCUAUUUGCAAUGGCUUUUUUUCAGAAGGCGCGAACGAGUAGUUCAUCUUCAGCUGACAGUUUCUUAUGCCCAGUCUGCAAUGAGGAAUAUCAAGAUGAACCCAAACAACUUCCUUGCUUGCACACGAUCUGUCAAGAUUGUCUGUGCGAUGCUGCGACCGGGAAAAAUGCUCUCAAGAUCUACUGUCCCAUUGACGGCCAAGAAUUACCUCUUCCGAUGGGAGGAAUCAAAAUGUUGCCGACAGAUUUUCGUAUUUUGCGGCUCGUAGAGGCUCAUCGCGGCCAGAACAAGACGAGGAGCGAGCGAAAGCCAAGGGAACCUAGAAAAGAAAAACCCGAGAAGGCCGAGCGCAAAAGACGCGGAAUACUGACGAAGAUUCGGGCCCACCUUUGCAAGAGCAAGAGGAAAGAAUGAAAAAACAGCUUUCAGAGAUGAUGGCAAAGCUAAGAAGUUUGCUGGAUGAAAAGGAAAAGGCGCUUUAUAAACAGAUCGACGACGCAAUGGCUAGAGAGAAAAGAAGCUUGUCUAUGAAUGGGGCAGAGGGCGAACAGAAGAAGAGAGCCAUUUUUCUUCUUGAUCUUACGCUCAGUCGGAAAAUUUUGCAGAGCAUCAAAGAAGAAGGUUUAGCGGCCAUUCAAGGCAAUCGCAAGGCCCCCACCCUUCUUAGGGAGCUUAACACGGCCGGUAUCACCCCGUCUGGCAACAAAACAGCCACCCCUGACGCGAACUACCGCGAGGCAGCUGAGGUGAUUCGAGCCUUGAAUGUACCUCUUCAAUUUAAGAGCAUGUUCAAUCCUGGCGCUGUAGCUGUUGGCAAGAACGGACAUAUUGCUGUCACAGACUACGGUAACGAGUGCGUGUGGCUUUUCAAUCCGGAGGGGUCGUUUCUGUGUCAGGUUAGUCACGCGUUACAAAUUGAUGUUACAAAGCAAAUAGCGGUCAUGGGCAGAUCCAGGAAAUUUUGAUGUGGUGAUCACGAGGGGGAUGCGGGGGAAAGAUGGAGUCCAAACUUAUCUAUAGCCUAGAUAAGCAAGGGAAUAUUUCAAGACGAAUUAAUUUUUUAAAACUUUAUAUAGGGUAGUGAUGUAAGAUCCUGCCGCUGUUAGGAUUUUGGUGUCAGAAAAAGACCCAAAAGGUCUGAUGGGGGUUAGAAGGGAACUCUUAACCUCGAACCCCGGAUCCCGGUGAUCAAGCCAUUCCCCCUUUCCCCUCCCCCCCAUCAGCGCAGCGCACCCCUCCCCCUUCCCCCCAUUUUGAAAAUAAAUGAAGUUGUUUUCAUUUCUUAAAAUCUGCUACCUGCAGAUUGGCGAGGAUGGCGAGGGGUCCAUGGAAUGUCCCGAUGGAGUCUUCUUCUUUCCCGACAACAACAUCAUCGUAUCCGAUGGGCCUUUUGAGGGACCUCAAAGCAUCCAGAUGUUUGAUAUCACCGGCCGAUUCAUCCGCUCUCUUGUGGAGGUUGAUGAUGAUGAAGACAUCAGCUUCAGCAACAUAUCCGUGGAUGAUAAUCAACGCAUCUUAGUGACGUGCAAUGGAACCCGUCCUUGCAUUCAAGUCUACAAUGCGUAUGACAAAGAGGAAUACAGCCUUGAGAUGGAGCUUGGUGGAGAACAUCUUGCCAGUCCAGGGAAGGCAAUUUUCUUUGAUGGGAAAUUCUACGUUAUUGACUCCGAUGGCUCUAAAAACAAAACCGCGAUCAAGGUGUUCAACGAAAAGGGCUCCUUAUUGCAGACCUUCGAUGAGGACAAGCAUAAUUUGGGCCAACGAGACAACAUGGGAAUUGAUAUCACGUAUCCAAUCAGGCUCGCUCUUGACAAGUCAAACAACACUUUGUUGGCUUACCACGGGAUCCCGCGCGAGAUUCGCAUUCUUCGCCCCGACGGAACUCAAGUAUCAUCAAUUAAAACAGUUUCAGGCGCGCGUGACAUUGCGUUGACAAUCGACAAGAAGAUCGUGGCGACAUGUGGAGAGGAUAGCAUUUUGUCGAGAAGUGUGCAGAUGCUUAAAUUUAACAAUAAUUAAACUUAGCCUUUAGAACUUAAAAUUUUAUGGAAAUGCGUGACUGAGACUGCGUGACCUAAAGGUUUUGUGACUCAUGGGUAUGUAAUUUGUAAGAGUGACCCUCUUUUGUUCGUGUGUUUCACCAGCUUAACGUGAACUUUCAUGAAUUUUUGGACUUCUGCCAAAAUAUCCCUGAGACACUUCUAGCAACUGUUUAUGUGUAGAACACAAGUUGUUCUUCCUUUUCGGCGAAGUCCGUUGCGCAAGUCGAAAAAACAAAUCAGUGAAAUAAAGAAUCGAUGUUACCACACCGCAGAGAACUCUAGGAGUGCGCCUCCCUCCUUGAAUUCGACGCGGUUUUUUACUUUUUUAUUUUUUUGACCCGCACGACGUGAUGUUACGGAAGCCAAAUAAAUUUUAAUAACUACUGAAGUUUUACAAUGUUGCAACACGGAAAGAACGAAAGUGCAGAAUGCUUAAAAAAAUCUUGACAUGAUGAUCUUGCUCCUCAGAGAUAUCUUUAUUUCAGCAGUUAACAGUUGGAGGACAGGUAAAGGUUUCAAACUUAUGGUACUUGCGGAUAUAAUAAACUGCUAUUAAACUACAAAAUAUAUUCGUUUUAUUUACCGAGUGG